CAUUCUCUCUCUUCUCUCUUUCUCUCUGUUACAACUUCGCCGGCGAUUUGAUUCUCCGGUGGCCCAUCUCUUCUUCUACUCAUUAACGCCGCCACCGGAGUAUAUUCGGCCGCAUCUCCUCCGUCACAGCACGCAACAGAAUCAUUCCCGCCGAUAUCCUCUACGUCGUCGUCGACCAACUCGGAAUUUCUCACUCCGACGACGUAUCUUCUUCCAACGGCGGCGCUACUUACCACAUCGUUCUUCAACGAUCUCCGUCGCCUAAUUUGUCAGGUUACGAGCGAUUUUGCAAACGGCGAUACUGCUUUAGCCGAUAGUCUUCGUCCUUCUUGGCCUCUCGUUGUCGUUGAUGCAAGAGAAGGCCUCUGUUUCCAUCGCUAAUUCUAAGGAAGGCUCGUUCUUGCUUCCUGUUUGCUCUGGUUUUACUUUGAACACUACAUUCAAGCGACUGUUUCUGGCGUAUUGACAAUCAAGAUUCCACUAACAUUGGGAAACUAUAUCCUGUAUCCUUCAAGGUAUGGCCGGCUUAGUUAAACCAAAAUGUUUGCGAUUUUCUCCCACAGACGAUGAGGUUAUUAGACUUUUUCUAGAGCCGGAGAUCAACGGGGAGGCGAGAGAUAAUACAUGUCUCAUCGAAGACUUAGACGUGUAUGAAAAUCAUCCUGAUUUGCUCAACCACCUACCGAGCGACUACUUUCACAAAGGUGAAUAUUGGUACUUUGUACCCAGAAAACAAAAGGGAUCGAACUUGAUCAAGCGAACUGUGGGCACGGGCAAAAAAAACGGGAGGUGGGUGCAUGAAAAGAAGAUUCAGAUUAAAGAGGAAGGUCGUAUCAUCCGGGAAAAGCAAAAGCUAAUUUUCAAAGACAAACAAAACAGGCACUGUGGAUGGCACCAGUACGAAUACCGCCUCCCUUCUCCCCAAGUUCUGCUGGCUAUCAGUCACAUGAUAUAUAAAGCUGAAGAUGAUGUCACGCUAGCUAAUCCUUUCGAUGAAUCUUUACCACUUAUGGGUACCUUUGGUGAAGCUGAAGCUCUGCCAGUUAUGCAAAUUGCAGCAGAUAUGGAGGGACCAGAUGUAAAUAUGAAUCCACUUGAAGAAGACGAAAAUACUUUCGCAGCAAUAAUGAAUGACUUCAACCAUCUAUUGUCAACGGACGUCAUGGAGAUUGAUGCAGUUAUGGAGGAACCUGAGGUAAAUGCAAUUCCAGAUGAAGAAGAAGAUGUAGCAGCUACUAUACUAGCAAUACAUAAAAAGGCUUCUACAAGUUUUGUAGAUUUGUUUGCUACCCUUGAUCCUAAGCGCAUGGAGUUGAGUUCUGCAACCCUAUACGGAGUAGAUUUGCAACAGUGAUGUGAGCAGAAAGCCUGAAUCACAAGCAAGCUACAAGAGAAGAUAAAAAGACACAAAUAUGACUUUAUGGGCCUCCCACUCGAUUUGGGCUUCCACCAAAGUAAAGCCUUUAACGCUC